GCGGAGCCCCGGAAGAGGCGGGAGCGACCCGGGGCUGAAGCCGGGAUUGGAGCCGGGGCCGGAGCCGGGAUUGGAGCCGGGAGCGGGGCCGCAGCCGCAGCCGGGGCCAUGCUGAGGGUGUUACGGGCCGGGCUGGCCCCCGGCCGCCCGCAGCACAUCCAGCUCCUGCUGACCUCGUGCAGACACAGCUCCUCGGGGGUCCUUCCCAACGAGAGGAUCAGGAACAUCGGGAUCUCCGCUCACAUCGACUCCGGCAAGACCACGCUGACGGAGCGGAUCCUGUUCUACACAGGCAGGAUCGCGCAGAUGCACGAGGUGAAAGGUAAGGAUGGAGUUGGAGCUGUCAUGGACUCCAUGGAGCUGGAGCGACAGCGGGGCAUCACCAUCCAGUCUGCAGCCACUUACACCAUGUGGAAGGACACCAACAUCAACAUCAUCGACACGCCAGGCCAUGUGGACUUCACCAUUGAAGUGGAGAGGUCUCUGAGGGUGCUGGAUGGAGCCAUCCUGGUUCUUUGUGCUGUGGGAGGUGUGCAGUGCCAGACCAUCACUGUCAACAGGCAGAUGAAGCGUUACAACGUCCCCUUCCUCACCUUCAUCAACAAACUGGACAGGAUGGGCUCCAACCCAGCCAGAGCAGUGCAGCAGCUCAGAUCCAAGUUGAAACACAAUGCAGCUUUUGUUCAGAUUCCAAUUGGGCUGGAAGGAAACUUUAAAGGAAUCAUAGAUCUCAUUGAAGAAAAAGCAAUCUAUUUUGAUGGGGCACUUGGGCAGACCCUGAGGGUGGAGGAGAUCCCGGCGGAGCUGCGGGCGGAGGCUGCGGAGCGGCGCCGGGAGCUCAUCGAGUGCGUGGCCAAUGCUGACGAGCUCCUGGGGGAGCUGUUCCUGGAGGAGAAGAUUCCCACAGCUGCACAGUUAAAGCUGGCAAUCCGAAGGGCAACGCUGCAGAAAUCCUUCACCCCUGUCCUCGUGGGAAGUGCUCUGAAGAACAAAGGGGUGCAGCCACUGCUGGAUGCUGUCCUGGAAUACCUUCCCAACCCUUCUGAGGUGGAGAACUACGCCCUCCUCAACCAGGGGGAUUCUCAGGACCAAACCAAGUUCCUGUUGAACUCUGCUCGUGACGAUUCCCAGCCUUUCAUCGGCCUUGCCUUCAAGCUGGAGGCUGGCAAGUUUGGGCAGUUAACCUACGUCAGGGUGUACCAGGGGAUGCUGAAGAAGUCAGAUUACAUCUACAACACCCGCACAGGGAAGAGGGUCAGGGUGCAGAGACUGGUCCGGAUGCACUCGGACAACAUGGAGGAUGUGAAUGAAGUUUAUGCUGGGGACAUCUGUGCCCUGUUUGGGAUCGACUGCGCCAGCGGGGACACGUUCACAGACAAAACCAGCACUGACAUCUCCAUGGAAUCCAUCCACAUCCCCGAUCCUGUCAUUUCCGUGGCUAUGAAGCCUUCCAACAAGAAUGACCUGGACAAGUUUUCCAAAGGCCUGGGCCGCUUCACCAGGGAAGAUCCCACCUUCAGGAUCCACUUUGAUGAGGAGAGCAAGGAGACCAUUGUCUCUGGGAUGGGGGAGCUGCACCUGGAAAUCUAUGCCCAGAGAAUGGAGAGGGAAUAUGGUUGUCCUUGCACCAUGGGGAAGCCCAAAGUGUCCUUCAGGGAGAACAUCUCUGCCCCUGUGCCGUUUGAGUUCACCCACAAGAAGCAGUCGGGAGGAGCCGGCCAGUACGGCAAAGUGAUCGGAGUGCUGGAGCCCCUGGAGCCAGAGGACUUCACCAAACUGGAGUUUGAGGACAGAACCAUUGGCACAAAUAUUCCCAAGCAGUUUGUGCCAGCUGUGGAAAAGGGCUUCAGAGAUGCCUGUGAGAAGGGUCUGCUCUCGGGACACCGCAUCUCCGGGGUGCGCUUCGUGCUGGAGGACGGCGCCCACCACAUGGUGGACUCCAACGAGAUCUCCUUCAUCAGGGCAGGAGAGGGAGCCCUCAAACAAGGUGCCACUGAACGAUAUGUUUGGAUAUGCCACGGAGCUGAGGUCUUGCACAGAGGGAAAAGGGGAAUACACCAUGGAAUACUCCAAAUACCACCCCUGUUCAGCCAGCACCCAGGAGGAAAUCAUCAACAAAUACCUGGAAGCAACGGGGAGACUUCCUGCCAAAAAGGGCAAAGCCAAGAGCUGAUGGGAUUCCUCUGGAGUCCUCUGAACAGCCUGUCCCAGCCUUCUCCAACAGCUCGCUUUCCCAAGCCAUGGAGCAGCCCAGGCUGGCUGGGUAAGGUGGGCUCCAGUGGGAUUUGGACUUGGAAUUUCAUCAUGGAACCUUUCCUCUGGGGUGGUGUCAGCAGCACCAGGGGAUCACCACGGGAUUGCUCUGUGUAAAUGCUCUUGUAACAAAUAGAUGUUAAAACACGGCUGAUGAUUUGUCUUAAUCAAGAUCUAUUAAAAUAAUUUUAUUUUUUACUUGA